CCUGCCUCGGUGAAGGUCUGUUGCUUAUGGCCAGCAUCAAAACUUUUCCCCAACACGCUUGAAGCCGUUGAACCGUGAGCUACUGCCAUUGCUGUGCUCUUGUUGUUGAUCACCAGGACCUGUGAAUACUCUCGGAAUCGGUAGCUAUACGUGCGAAGAAGAUUGAGAUGAAUAAGUCGGGUACUACUCCUCCGCACACUCCAAAGGGAAGAAGAAGAAGAACGUCAUCGGUUGGUAAAAUCGACCUUGGUGAUAGCGUUCCAGGCUUCUCUGCGCAGGCAGAGACCCCGUCCGAACGCCGCCGGUCCAUCUCAAGGAUAAGUGCUCUGUCCAGGGCCUCGUCGACAGACUCCGAGAUCUGGGCCAAGAUGUGGACCGCAUGUGUUGAGCUGAACCAUAGGCACAUCUGGAUAACACCGUUGGCCAUAAUGGUUGUUGUUUACUCCGCGUACUUCCUCUCUGGCAACUACACCGAGUCCAAUCCACUGCACAUGUUCGUCACUGUGUCGUACCAGGUUGGAGACACCUCAAUGUACGGGAAGGGCAUCAAGGACCUGGCUUUUAUUCUGUACUAUAUGGUUUUCUUCUCAUUCCUGAGAGAGUUCGUUAUGCAGUGCAUUCUGAGACCAAUCUCGACGUUAGUUGGGCUCAAGAAGACUUCAAAGAUCAACCGUUUCUUGGAGCAGUCGUACUCGAUCUUCUACUACGGGACCUCGGGUCCGUUUGGGUUGUACGUGAUGUACUAUUCUGAUCUCUGGCUCUUUAGAACGGACACGAUGUAUGCCACGUACCCUGACAAGGAGAUCGAUUACCUCUACAAGGUGUUCUUCCUGGGACAGGCUGCUUUCUGGGCACAGCAGUCUGUGCUCUUGAUCCUACAGGUUGAGAAGCCUAGAAAGGAUUACAAUGAGCUGAUUAUGCAUCAUAUCGUCACGAUGCUUCUCAUCUGGUCGUCGUACGUCUUCAACUUCCACAAGAUGGGAUUGGCCGUCUAUAUCACCAUGGACGUUUCCGAUUUCUUCCUGGCAACUUCAAAGGUUUUAAACUAUCUGGACUCGCCGUUGACGGGACCUUGGUUCAUAGUCUUUGUCGGAGUUUGGAUCUACCUGAGACACUGGAUCAAUAUGAAGAUUCUGUGGUCUGUGCUUACAGAGUUCCGUACUGUGGGUCCGUAUAGAUUGAACUUUGCCACACAACAGUACAAGUGUUGGAUUAGUCAAAGCAUUACCUUCGCGUUGAUCUUUGCUCUUAAUUUGCUCAAUUGCUAUUGGCUAUUCUUGAUUCUGAGAAUCCUGUAUAGAUUUGUCGCUGACAACGAGGCCAGAGAUGAGAGAUCAGACUCAGAGGAUGAGGAUGAUGAUGAAGAAGAAGACAAUGAAGAUAACAAAGUCCAAGAGACUUUGAAAGAAGAGGAAGAAGAGACAAUUGAGGCUAAGAAGGACAAAUAGUCAAGAAACCGGAACAUGCACAUACAAUAAUAAGAAGGGAAUAUACACAUUCCCAGCUAAUAUGCGCUUAUCAUAAUAAUUAAUACUUCAAACUGGUAUCUACUAAGGUAUUGUGUAAUUAAACAAAUGAAUGAGAUCAUUUAUUCGAGCGAC